GGGGCAAGCUGCGCGACUCACGUUUCCAGCGGCUGAGUGCGCCGGCCGGCCUUGCGGAGGAAAGCCUCAUAAGCGGCGCUGUCUCCAGCAGUAGCCGCCGCCGUGCAACCUCUACCCGCACCAUGUCCCUCCCCCACAGCCUCCGCUGGACCAUCUGCGCCGCAAUCGCACUCGUGUGCGCUUCGGCCGUGCGCGGCAUCCUCGCUGCGCCGCAGCCGCAGGCGCUCACCAUUGACGCCAGCAAGUUUGCCAGCGCCGCGGAGCUGGAGCGCGACGUCGACGCCAUCUGCUCCGGCGGCCUGCGCAUGCCGGGCGGCAAGCUGCACAAGCAGAAGGUCGCCUGGUUCGAGGGGCAGCUCAAGGCGAUCCCCGGCGUCACGCUCUCGUCGCACGAGUACGGCCUCACCAGCUGGGAGCCGCUCGAGGGCCAGACGCUCGAGCAGGCCGGCGGCCUGCGCGUCGACGGCGCGUCGCUCGACAUUGCCAGCGCCAUUGCAUACUCAAAGCCAACGGGCGCCAAGGGCGUCACAGCGCCACUCGUAUUCCUGCCGAGCGGCACCCCCAUCACGGCAGACAACGCCGCGGGCAAGGUCGUCGUGCGCGACAUUGACUACAGCAACGUGCUGCCGUACGGCGUGGUGCUGGUGCCGUCCUACAGCAACACAGGCGACUUCACCUCGGUGCUGCUGAAGAGCUACAAGCGGCCCGCGACGGCGCCGCAGCUGCUCGCCGACAUGCUCGCCGCCGGCACGGCGGGCGCCGCAGGCGUCGUGACGGCGUACGACGUGCCGCGCAGCUACAUGCGCUCCGCCUUUACGCCGCACGACGGCACGAUGUACCGUGUGCCGGGCGUCUUCGUCGGCGUCGACGAGGGCGCGACACUCAAGGCGGCGGCCAGGCGCGGCGCCAGCGCCACGCUGCGCGUCGAGGCGCAGGUGUACCGCACCACGACGCGCAACCUGUACGCCACGCUGCCGGGCCAGUCGCCCGAGACGGUCGUGUACGUGACGCACACCGACGGCGUCUCGUACGUGCAGGAGAACGGCGGGGCGGCGCUGCUGGCGCUGCUGCGCUACUUUGCUGCGCUGCCGCUGUCGCAGCGUGGGCGCACGCUGCAGUUUGCCUUCAACUCGGGCCACCUGCACCUGUCGCGCGAGGGCACCGACUUCUUCUCGCGCACCGUCGCCGACGGCCUGGCGUCCAACAACGUGACGCUCGUCGUGCCCGUCGAGCACAUGGCCACGCGCGAGGUCGAGCAGGUGGCGCGCGCCGGCGGGCAGCCCGGCUCCGAGCUGCGCUACACGGGCAAGGGCGAGGCGAUGCUGUGGUGCGUCGGGCCGAUGCGCGCCGUCGUCGGCGCCGUGCAGGCGGCCGUGGCGCGGCGCCGCCUGGACCGCACCAUCGUCACACGCGGCGCCGGGCUGCCGAACCCGGCCGUGGUGCCGAUGUACACAUCGUUCGCCGGGCUGGGCUCGUAUUUCCACACGCGCCUCGUGCCCACGACGGCGCUGAUCAGCGGGCCGUGGACGCUGUGGGCGCCGUCGUGGGGCAAGGGUGCCGUCGACUUUGCACGCAUGCGCGCCCAGACGCUGGCGCUGGGCGACGUGUACUUUGGCGUGGCCGGCGCGGCCAAGGCGGACAUCGACGCCGGCUACGCGGCGUACCGGCGGCAGCGCGACGCGGGCACGCCGCAGUUCGAGCUCUUCGUCCCGCCCGAGUCGGCGCCAUGACACGCCGCGCCUGCUGCGCUGUGUGUUGCUCCAAUGUAUCUGAUGCCUGC